CCGAGGCCGGCCAACGCUGCCGUGCACAAGACUGGGCAAAAGGAGGGUGGCAACGAGUCAUGGAUGGCGAAGGAGGUGCGUAGGGUUAACCCCUAUUGGGCUACGGUCUUCUCCUCCUCAAGAGCAAGAAAGCUGGGCGUGGCUAGGAAUCUAUCAAGACUUGUUAUCUACGUACCUUGUGGUCCAUGUUCUGGGGAGUUCGAAGUCGUAUCCUUUCCUGUCCUUAGUUUACAUUUCUCUCAAGAUUCGGUUCCUUUGCUUUCCCUGCCCCUUUAACAGUGAGCACCUUAGCGAGGGUGCCGCUAAUGGUAGGAAGAUGAGGAGAAGAAAAGACAGGACACUGCAGUUGGGCUGUGCUGAAGGAAAGGUAAAGCAGGAGGUAAGCAGGCAGGGAAUAACUUGUAACUUGCAGGCCACUUCUUGCAGUGUUCAGUGAGUGACCAUGGGGUAGGGGUAGAUUUAUGAGCUUCCUGAUGCUUUUGUCAAGCCCAAAUUUAAAAGCUUAAGGGGGGCAAAAGCGUGUUUGGAGUGAAUAAAAGUAUUGCAUGGGUGAGGGCUUUAACUAAUCUAAAGCUAGAUUCGAGCGUUCGCAAGCCCCGAGGCUAACGAAUAGUUUUAGCUGUUUAUUUACUGCAAAGAAAGAUUGAGAUUAGGAGAAUCUGAACCCUGGAGCGCAUCUCUUUCAGCUGCCUGAAACUUGCACUAAUUAAAAGCUUAAGACUCUAACCCUGGCUUUAAUUUGCUCUGCCCUUUCCUGUUGAUUUCUCUUGGCUUAUCAAACUCAAACCCCUGGUUGUAACUGACAUUCACAAGCAAGAGUCUAUACGGUUAGAGGCCUGAAGAGAAGAAUAGAGGAGAAAAUGAGAAAGAAAAUGUAUGGAUGAAAUGAAAGUAGGUUUGCUUUGUUGUGGGGUAAGUAAUGCCUCGAUUGGCACCCCCUGCUAAUGUUGACCACCAUUUUCUUCAACAAAACUAAUCAUGCCGAUCAUGAAGGGCGUGUAAAUAAUUGACCGUGUCGACCAUUAAUAAUUCCAACAGUCAAAUAAUGAUUCGGGUAGCGGGGAGGGGGCAUAAUUUACAGCCAGGCUCCUUGAGAAAGCGAGCAGUUGAGCCGAUAAACAAAUGCCUGUGAGAGUUGGCAGUGUCAGGGAUGCCGGUUUGCUGUGCUGUGAACUCACUCAGCUCCCCUUCCUCUUUACGUUUGUUGUGUGUGGAUGUAAGUAGUAGGGAGUAAGUAAACAAAAGCAAAGGUAAACAGCAUGAUUAAAGGGCUGUUAAGAAAGAUAAAGGAAGGCACCACUUAAAAAUAACCUCCCUUAAGGUUAAACAAAACCAACCAUUGUGGUGGUGGUUAGGAGGAGUAAAGCGGCUGCCUGCCUUGCCUUGCCUUGGCUGCUAACCUCUGUGGUUCACCAUGUACCACUACUGAUGAAACUACAAGAACUAGUGAACAACUGCUAGGAGCCCUAUAAAUGUGACAAACCUUUGCCUACAAGCCCUCUCUCUCCCUCGGUUAUAGUCUAUGCUCUUCCCUCUUUCCUAGCUCUUCUUCAUAUGCCUCUCGCCCGAACAGACAGCAUCAGAAUCUGCAGUGGCCAUCUUUCCUUUUCUUGCCAUAGGCUAGCUGUGACGAGAGCUCUUGCUUGCUUGCUCCAGCUAUCAUAUUGCCUAUGCAGCUCUGGCCAAUGGAGGAGUUUGUGCAUCUUCUCUAGGCUUUCUCUUCUCUGAUUCGUCCAUUGACCUUUGGUGAACUCUGUGCUAGCUGCUUGUAUACUCUUCUUCUGCCCCCUGCAACUUCUGCUUGUGUUGUGUGACUCUGAGCAAGAUCGAUGGACAUGAACGAGAGCAACGAGAAAGGGAUGGAGAGCAAUGCCUCCUCCGGCGGCGGCAUCCCAGUGGAGUGGCAGAGCCAAUUCAGCGCCGCCUUCUCGUGCCCGCCAGCGCAACAGCAAGCCCCCAUAAUGGACUCCUUCGCGUCGGCCGGCCUGUGGGCGUCGACCUCACAGGCCAUGGCGCUCUCCGACGUCAGCCCCAUGUCAGCCGCGCGGGGGGGCGGUUUCUUGGCGCCAGUGCCCGGAUUCCUCCCGCAGGGCCUCGGCCAUUUCCCGGUGGACUCGGGGUUCAUCGAGCGCGCCGCGCGGGCAUCGUGCUUCGGUGGCGGCGGCGGAGUGAUGUGCGCCAACGCCGGGUUCGGUCCAGCUGAUCAGCCCAUGAACAACGCGUUCAGCGGCUCGUCGGAGGCGCUUUUGGAUCACCAGAGGAAGGACGGCAACGAAAAGGGAGAGCUGGAGCUCGGCCGGAACGGCCACGACGAAGUGCCGAGCUCGGAGGCGGUCGGUGGAGACUGCUCGUCCAAAGGGACGUCGGACUCCAAGAGGAGGAGAAGGCCUAAUGAGAUAGGAGCCGACCAGGUUCAAUCUUCCCACUUGCCUGCUGAAUCUGCAAACGACAGCGUGCAUAGCAAAGACAAAGGCGAAGAGAGCAGCCCGGCAACAACCACCGGCAAGUCGAAAGGGAAGGGAGUGAAAGAGACCUCUGAGUCGCAGAAGGAAGAGUACAUUCAUGUCCGAGCUCGGCGCGGGCAGGCAACCAACAGCCACAGCCUUGCAGAAAGGUUGAGAAGGGAGAAGAUUAGUGAGAGGAUGAAGCUUCUGCAAGACCUUGUUCCCGGUUGCAGCAAAGUCACUGGAAAGGCAGUAAUGCUGGACGAGAUCAUCAACUAUGUUCAGUCCCUGCAAAGACAAGUUGAGUUCUUAUCGAUGAAGCUCGCAACAGUAAACCCAAGGCCUGACCUCAACAUAGAAGGGCUUCUGUCAAAAGAUCUUCUUCGCUUCCCCGGGGUCCCUUCAUCUUCCAUCGGAUUCUCCCCAGAAAUGAUGCACCCACAACUACAGUUAUCGCAACCAGGUCUGAUUCAGGGGGGUGCUGCUGGCAUGGCCAAUCCGGAUGUGUUCAGAAGAAUCAUGCAAGCACAACUCAGUGCAAAAGACGGAUCUCAGCAGAUGCCCCACGCAUUGAAUGGGUCAUUCAGUGACGUUACGCAGAUGGCGUACCCGUCCCUGGGCUCACAGGACUUGAGCAUCAGGCCAUCGCAGGAUGGGUUUCAAAUGUGACCAAGGCCAGUUGCACAUGAGGGCCAAGUUUCCAUCUGAUUCAUGAACAGGCAGGAAGGCACAGACACAUAACUGAUGCUGCCACUGCUGGAGCAGCAGCGUUGCAGUGCUAGCUCAUCGCGUUACUGAAGCCUUUAACUGCGUCACGGGCUCACGGCUGUGCAUCGGCCGGGUUUUUAUUGUGUUCAGAACUGAAAAGGCUCGAGGAGCCCCCACAGAAGCGCUGGGAUGAAUGAAAUCUGCGACCUGACCCGGAUGGUUGGAAAUUCUGUCUGGAUGGCGUGCAUUUACGACGCACAGUGCAGCAACAGCCGUUGUGCUUUUAGCGAGUAACUGAACUGCUGCUGCAGGAUGUAAUGCAAAGAGCCUCGUUAAGUUCGUUCCAUUGCUUUGUUUCAUGAUGCAAACACAAAAUGGGGGACGAUGUUUAUGCUAAAAGAUCAAACAUUUGACUCAUGUGCUUCGAUUGCAAAGAAUGAUGAUAAAUCACACAUGGUCAUGCACCAUGC